CCUGGGCCACCGCCGGGACUGAACCUCGGUCUUAGCCAUCACACGCUAGUGGUACCCGCCUCAGCCACCGGUCUCGGUCCACCACCGCCAACCGGUGGUCCGCCAACGUUGCACCUUCACCACCUUCCCGGCUCUACGGGGGGCCAUCCCCCUGGGGCUCAUAGCAAUGGUGGUGGUGGUGGUGGUGGUGGUGGUAGCAACAACAGUAGUAGUGCCGGAGGAGCGAUUGUUGGUGGGGGCGGUAGUAGUAGUAGCAGCAGCAGCAGCAGCAGCAGUAGCAGCAGCAGCAGCACAAGCAGUGGCAGCAUAGCGGUCACCUCGCGGUCUCACUCGCCUCGCGGCCAUAGUCCAAAUAGGGAACGAGAUAGCUAUAGCAGUAACGUGAGUACUUUAUCCCGGUCAACACCUGGCUCGACGAUACCACCGUACGGUAGUGGCAGUGGUACUGCUGGUGGAGCUGCACCAGCAGCGACGACGGGUAGCGCCCACGGACCGGGCGGUCCAUCACCAGCACUCCCCACGUUCGUCGCCGGUGCCCUUUCGCACUCCGUCACACUGGCCGUGUCAUCGGCGGCGGCGGCGGCGGCGGCCAUGUCGGUCGCCGUGUCUUCUAGUCUCACCUUUCCUAAGACAACGCUAGCAAUCGGUCCCGGUUUGCUGGUGUCCUCGGCCAUCGGCGCUUCAUCGCUCGGUGGCGGAAUACCUCCACCGGGUUGGCCGGCGGCGGCACACCCAUCACCACAGCAUACCCACUCACCGGUGGCAGCGGCUACCAGUAGCAGCAGCUCUUCCUCGUCGGUCUCGGUGGCCGCCGCUGCGGCUCACCUUUCCCGGCCGACGCUUCCGUCACCGUCGGUAGCAACGGCACUGACUUCCUUCAGCGGUGCCUGCUCUUCAGUGGCGGCCACGACGACGACGACGACGACCGGUACGGUGCCCUCGAUCGUUUCGUCCGCGAUCGCGGUGUCUUCCAGUUCUGGCGCUACCGUGUCGACGGCAGCAUCAUCCUACCCGGGACCACUGUUCGCCACACCGGUACCGCCACCGACCAGUUCGGCUAGCUCGUCGUCGUCGUUGUCGGCAGCAGCAGGGCCGGGCAGUGUACCGGCCGGUUCGGCGCCCGGUCCAGCCGGUCCGGCUCCAACACCACAUCCGUUCUCUGCCGAGUCGCUGUUCUCCACGAAAGUGUCCGAUCAGACCGACAUGCUGCGGCGCGAGCUCGACAAUCGGUUUCUCGAUCGUAGCGGUCUGACGGGGGUACCGCCGGGGCCACCGUACUUACGGCAGGAGCUACACCAUCACCAGCACCAGCACACCCACCUGCACCAGCACCAGCCGCUGCUGCCGGGUGGUGCGGUCGGUGCGGCGGCCCUCUUCCCGCCACCCCUCUUCAAGGACGUGCCGAAGAUCGGGGCCGUCGAUUCGCCGUUCUACCGUACCGGGCUCGGGAUGCCAACCUACGCCGGCUACCCGCCCGGACUGUUGCACCCGGGGCUGAGUGGAACGACGCAGUUCGUGCCACCGAGCCAUCUACAAUCGUUCGUCUCGAAGCAACAGGCGCCACCGGUCGAUCCGAAUAAGAAGAAAACCGGCAAAUGGAACGCGAUGCAUGUGCGGAUCGCCUGGGAGAUUUACCAUCACCAGGCGAAGCAGAACCCGGACAAGGCAGCGUCGAUGAAGACCGCAUCGGAGAUGCUGCGGCCACCGUCGCACAUGUAUCCACCGUCGGCCGCUGCCGCUGCAGCUGGGCUGGUCCGUCCCCAUGAUCUACCCUCGUCCACCUUCCCACCAACAGGCCUUCCGGGACGACCGAGUCCGUACGAGCCCGGUCCACUACCACCGACCUUCAUGAGCUCACCGGCUAGCCAUAUAGGAGUUUCCCCGUUCGGUCGUUACGCGUCACCGUACGGCGGCUCACCGUUCAGCGGCCUUUCGACGUUCUCGCGCGAACUUCAGAUGGGUUCGCAGAUAGCCGGCUCCUUGCAUGAUCCCUGGCGAAGUGUGAUGCCGCGAAGCGUUGGUAGCUAUCAGCCGGGACCGCCACCAUCGGCCGGUUCGUGGCCAGCAGCGAUCAAGCAGGAUCCCACGCUCGCCGCCGAAACGGCUCGGCGAGAGGCGGAAGAGCGUGAGCGACAGCGGGAGCGUGAGGAGCGCGAACGGGAUCGGCAGCGUCGUGAUCGGGAGGAACGGGAGAAGCAGCGCGAACGGGAACGGGAAGAGAAGCUCCGUAAGGAGCAGCAGGAGCGGGAGCGACAGCGUGAGCAGGAACGCGAGCGUGAACGCAAGGAGAAGGAACGGCGGGAGAUGGAACGGCGGGAGAUGGAGCGUGAGCGGAUACUGCACCAGCAGCAACGGGAGUCGAAAGCAGCGGCGGCGGCGGCGGCGGCAGCGGCGGCUGCAGCGGCAGCUGCCCGUGACCGCUCGCCACUCCGCAACGGAACGGAACUGGACAUCCGAAUCAAGGAGGAGCCACGUAAAGACGAGGAGCUGCUGAUGCGCAGUCACGCGGCAGCAGCAGCUGCGGCGGCGGCGGCGGCAGCGGUCGCCAGUGAGCCUCGCUACCAUCCAUCGAUGAUGUCACACCCCUACAUGACCGGGCGGCACCCGUCCGCCCACAUGCUACCCGGUGGUCAGUUUUCCCGCACGAUGCUACCACCCUCGAUGGGGUUACCGUCUCACUUUCCACCGCACGGUAGCUGGGGCCCGGAUCCGUUCCGAGACUAUCGGCUUGACUCGCUGCACCAUCCCCUGCGCUACAACCCGAUCUCGAACCCGAUCAUGGACGCGUACCGGGCGGAGGAGGCGAAGGCGUCACUCCUUUACGCCGCUCAAACGGCCGCCCAUUUCCGGGGCAAGGAUCCGAGCCCGGUGCCACCGCCACAGAACGCUCCCCACCAUCGGUUGGUAGGUGGACCGCCGGGCGGUCCAAUCGGGUCCACCCCUGGCAUCCCAGGCCAAACACCAGGUGCACCGACAGGAGGGCUACCGCUCGGCACUAGCCAUAAACCUCCAACGCAGCAGCAGCAGCAGCAGCAGCAACAGCAGCAAGGCCAUGGCGGUGGAAUGCCUGGAUCGAUGAAUGGGCCGGGCACGCCCGUUACACCUGGUACACCCGGUACACCUGGGCUCAGUGGGCCUCCCCAAGCUUCCUCCUCUGGCACGGCCGGAUCCUCAUCGUCCAGUGCAUCGGCAAUGCCGGGCGUCUUGCUCGAUCUCCACAAGAAGGAAGACUCGUGCCAGUCUCGAUGAUAGUCGGUGGGGUCGCUGGCCCGUGCUGGCCCGGUUGAUGGCUUCAACACAACCAGCAACACCACUACCACCACCAAGAAUCCUACGGAGAGCUACGGCAUUGAUCCAGGGACAGUCAAUGCAGCAGCAGCAGCAGCAUCAUCGGGACUGUUAAUAGUCAUUGUCGACGAUGAUUGAGGGCUUUACUGUAAGCGCUGAGCCCAGGAUAGGUAUUAUGGAUGUACAGAUAGUGUUGAGCAGAGCAGAGCCCUCGCUUCAGCCCUCAUUGCGGGGACCGACCGAUAUUAGAGGUGCAGAGAGGCGCAGGAGGAAUGUUCCGAGUACAAAGAUGUGUUUGAUGUUGGUGGCCACUCGCCCCCACGCCCAGUAGCGCGCCAACGGAACGCUAUAGCUAGCGCGCCGGCACUAGUGGUGGCUGUGAAACUGGCCUUGGCUGGCCUAGUAGCAGGACACUCGAUCGUCGCUCUUCUUCCCAGUCUCCCGCCAUUGAUGCUGCUUUGGCCGAAUACCACUCUGGCCGAGUCUGCCGUUCGCUCGCCUAGUACAUGCACUCGCACCCGACCCCGUUUUUGAUGUGUUUACUGUUCAUGCGUUAUUUGCCGUGGGGCGUUUCUAGCCCAAAACGCUCAGGAGAUGCGACGAUAUUAGUAGAUUAUAGACACGGAAUUUGCAUACCUCGCCUUCACCCGGUGGUGUUUUAGUGUUGACGCCCGCGGUGGGCGCCCGCACGAUACCCAAGACUGAUGCACCGCCAUUCCGCGGACGCAAUCCUUUGGCAGUUUUCACCAAUUGUUUUGGACAAAUUCCUCGUAUUUCAUCAUUUUACUCUAGGAGUAUUUUCACAGCGGUCUCGUUCUCGUCCGUAUUGCACAAGCAUGCACCACACGCCCAUUCGUCCUUGUCAGCAUUUCUGUUUGUUCGAUGAUUAUGAUCGUAAUGUAUUGUAUUUUGUUCGUUCGUUAUUUAAUUCCAUGAUUACAUUUAUUGCACAAAAACAGAGAGAGAAAAGAGAAGGGGAAAGAAAGAGAGAGAGAGAGAGAGAGAGAGAGAGAGUGAGAUAGAGCGCGAGCGAGAUACCUAGUCACCAGGAACAACAUGUUUCAUUUUCCUCCAUUUGACUGAUUGAUUUUGAGACUUUAAAAAAUCCUUUACGCACACCUUGGUUAGCAAGUAAAUUAAUUAAAGUAACCGGAAAUUCCGAACGAUUGGCAACGAGUGGUCGGUGGCAUUAACGUAUGCUGAGGAUUUGUCCUAUCGGUGGUCUCCAUAAUGGAACGAAACGCCUCUAUCACAUUUAGAUCUUGCGAACCUAAACUUGAACCACAAAGAAUAGGAACCCUAAAUUCGUGCACAAACCUUCGACCCUUCUUUUACCCAAAGUCCCUUUACCUCUUAUUCAACACUUCCUUUUUGUGUUUAUACAUAUUUAAAAAAAAAUGCAGAUAAAGAUGAAAUUAGGACCCCACCACUCACAUUGAACUACUGAGUGACCUUUAAAUUCGAUUUUUACUGAUUAAUAGUAGCAUUUUCAUCUAUGCCCCCGCUACCUAAUGCAUUUAUUUUCGAUCUCGCCCGUACUAGCGUAUGUUUGCGUAUUGAAACUGUAGAAGUCAGCGAUAUUUUAGAUCGCUCAAUAAUUCAACGUGAGCUGAUGGGGGGGCUUUUUUUUAACUUUUAGCUUUUUUUUUUUAUCAGGAUAUCUACACUUAUGCUAUGCGGGAACGUAAAUAAGUGUAGGGAGUAGCAUGGUUGAAAAAGAUACAAUUAGUCAGUAAAAAUCAAGAUCGAAAGCCACUUAGUAACUAAAACCCCUGAGUGGUGGGAAUCUUUACUUUAUUUUUACCAAACUGCAUUUAACCGACUCUCCGCUGUGCAGGACGAAAAAGGAGAAUAAUAACUCGGACAGAAGGAAAGGCCAAGAGAGUGGGUUCAUAGCAUUUUCGCGAGGGUGCAGAGUAAUCUUCUUUGCGGCGAGGGACAGCGAUGUGUGUACAUAUUUUAAAAAUACUAUUAUUAAAUUGGUAGUCGUUUUAGACUGAGCGUGGCGGAAUGUGGCGGGUGGCGCCAUCUUUCCGCCUGAAUAGGUUUUGUCGUGUGUACCUUCGCCUUUGAAUGUACCCACCCAAAAAGUGCAAAAAUUAAGGAGAACAGAGAGAAAGAGAGAAAGCGGAAGAGCAUUUGAGAGGCGAAACCAUUCUUUCAUUUAAGGAUGGAGACUUUAUUUCUUAUUGGCUCGUACGCAUUAGCGUGACAGGGCUAAUGCACUUCCUGCCCUCCCAGGGGGGGGGGGGGGGGGGGUGCGCAUGAAGGUGACCGAAUGGAGGGAACGCUCUAGAAGCCUAGUAGAAGGAAAUAGGGGAGUUAAAGGUGUUUGCUCGGGACUUUUCUCGAUCGAUUUGAUCGAGUGAUCUGAUGUGUCGGCUGCCCUUUCCUGUUUCGUCACUCACAUCCAUUACGAGCGAGGGAGGUAGCGCGGAGGGAGGCGGGGGUUAGCGAAAUGUGCACCGAGUGCCGAACGUCCAAGUGCCGCCGCUAGGACUGCUCAUUCGUACAGACGCGGGACCCUUAGAAGAUGUUACGUAGCAUAAUUUUAUUAUAUUUUCGUUUUUAAAAAAGCUAAUGAAUUAUUAUUUAUUCCAUAGUCAGUCCGGUAUGUAGAUAUAUGUAGCUAUCUAUGUGUAGUAAUUAUAGUAAUUUGCUAGAACCUAGUGUUAUUAUCACACAGCGGUGCUCGGCGGUCGAUGGGGGAAGAGAUGCACCCUUUAUGGCAUCUUACGAACAUCCGCUGGUCGCCAGUUUCGUCCUGUGCGGCGCCUGGGAGCGACGGGAGACCAGAUGCAUAAGAGAUGGUUAGACCGAGAGGAGAUAGUAACGUAUCCUCCUCCUAUCCAUCCUCACAUCCUUCUCCAAACUUCACCUACUGUGGUCCCAACCCACCCCCCACCAAAAAGGACUCAUAGACUCAUCUCUGUUUUGCAUUACAACACAAUAAAAGAACGAUCGAAUAUAUUAUUUGAA